GAGGAGAGAGAGUGCAUUGCAUCACUACCCACUCCUCGCAGCAUUGGUCGCCAUCCAUCCACCUCUCCUCUUUCCAGUACCAAAACAGAUGGUGGAAAAAUCAUCACAUCUGCCGGGACGCAGGACAACAAUAGACAGCAUCUAGCCCAAGAGAACCGGGCGUCCAUCAUGUUUGCUGUCAAGAGCUCCAUGAGGCUGUGAGCGCCGUCGUGAUUUUUGACACGGGGUACCAUCACGGCAGCCGAGGAUUCUUCUCGCGACUGUCUGGGCUCUCCAUCGAGUGGGGAAGAUGGCCGCCAUGAAAAUUUUAACCAGCAGUGGGCUGUUCUUAGCGUUCUGUGCGUUGGGGUUGCUAGCCAUGGCAAUCUGCACCGACUAUUGGUAUGAGACAGAUGCGCGGAGACACCGAGAAAGGUGUAAAAACUACGCCAACAAGAGAAACGACCCGGGGUAUAUAUAUAUCUCAAAUAGCAAUCUCCCCCUCCAGAUGCCCCCAAAGGGCAUUGAAAGGAAAGAUAACAGUCCAAGUGCCGGAGCUCAGCCUCUUAUUAGGGAAAAACGGCACUUUCUGGCUGCAGCAUCAGCUAUGGAGUCCCACUGCAGUCGCCAGUUCAAUUCAACCAUCUCUGGGCUCUGGAGAAAGUGUCAUCGAGAUGGAUUUGACCUGGAGACAGAGGAUCUCAUAUAUAAAGGAUUGAUUCAGCGGUGCAUCCCAGUCAAGUAUCACUACUCUUCCUCCAUCCUUCCGCGCAAUUUACCCAUCAACAUCACCAAGACCAUCCGUCAGGAUGAGUGGCAUGCACUCCAUCUACGCAGGAUGACGGCUGGCUUUGUGGGCAUGGCCGUGUCUAUCAUCCUGUUUGGCUGGAUUAUCGGAGUGUUGGGCUGCUGUCAGCAGCAUGACCUAAUGCAGUAUGUAGCUGGACUACUCUUUCUCAUGGGAGGAACGUGCUGUAUCAUCUCCCUGUGUACAUGUGUGGCGGGCAUCAACUUUGAGCUGUCGCGUUACCCACGCUACAUGUAUGGCCUCCCAGAGGAUAUUAGCCAUGGCUACGGCUGGUCCAUGUUCUGUGCCUGGGGGGGCUUAGGCCUCACUCUGCUGGCUGGUUUCCUGUGCACCCUGGCCCCAUCCCUAAGCACCCCCUCCCGUACAACCGUCCACAAGCCCAGGCAGGAGAAUGGAACCGUGUGAUGGGACUGUGUGACUGGCCCACGGAGCGCACAAAUAAGCAACACCCAUCCAACUUCGUCCAACAUUUUUGUCCAACCACCAUCUCACCUCAUCCCCCUUCCCUGUCCAUACCACCUGUCAUUCGUCUGAAUCAUGAGUGUACCAGAGAAAUUGUACAUGGGAGAACAGAGCAAAGACAAACCACACCAAACUGUACUAUUUACUGUACAUCUAAGACACACAGAGCAAUGGCCCCCAGAAUACUUUGGGACAUGGCAAGACCUUUUUGUUGUUAAACGUUUGACUACUAACUCUAUGGAAGCCUAAAGGCGACUGUUUGUCUGUUUGUUUUUCCCAAGAGGAAUUGUCUUAAAAUGGUGCUCUCUUUUAACACACACAACACAGAACACAGUCCAAGAGCUUAGAAAGAAACAACAAGCAUCUCUAAAUGGAACAAACCAACAAACAAGAACAUGUGGCAGAGCAUCCUGUCAUCAUUCCUCUUUUAGUCGGGUGGUCUGUACUGUGUUUGUUAUUGUUCGCAACAAAAAAUGAUGCUGGCAUAAACUGUCUAUUGUUUUGAUUCAGCUGACUGAUGUCAAGCAUUAUCCCUAGGAAGGACUUUACAGUUUAAGCCUAAAACCUGCUUCUUGCAGCAGAGGACCAAGAGCACAAACUGGAAAUGGCAGGGGUGGAACAGCAAGAUACAAUUUUGAAGAGCAAAUCUUUCAACGCUUCUACGAUUCAGUAUGUACAAAUGCAUCUCUACGUAGAUUCAGGUCAUUGUUUGUAUAAAGUAACUCUUGAAUAAGAAAAAAUGUUUCUGUUUGUUUCGAGGUAACAAUGGCAAUUUGGGUCUUCAGUGGUGUUGUUUGCUGGGAUAAAUUGUAUGCUUCAUGAUUAGAAGAAUAAGAGUGAUUGCAAGGCACAUUAAAUACUGUUUGAGAGUAGCAGAGGCAGUUAAAGGUCCAGUGCAGUCAAACAUGUGAUUUGUCUGUGUUUUAUAUAUAUUUCCACACUAUGAGGUUGGAAUAAUACUGUGAAAUGCUGAUAAUGCCAUGUUAGUGUAAGAGCUGUUUGAUCAGUUUCCCCUC